UACAUCAAGAAGUUUUACAAUGAAACUUGGCAAAGAAGAUACGGCUUCUCAGUGGAUGAAAGCACACUGACUCUCCUCUGGUCUAUAACUGUCUCUAUUUUUGCCAUUGGUGGCCUUGUGGGUGCCAUUAUUGUUACACCAAUUGUGAAGUUCUUUGGACGGAAAUGUACGUUGCUGCUCAAUAAUGUGUUUGCAGUGACAGCUGCGUUGUUGAUGUCCCUCUCCUUGUUGGCAGGGUCAUUUGAAAUGCUCAUACUGGGCCGCAUUAUAAUGGGUGUUGAUGCAGGCAUUUCUUUGAGUGCCCUUCCGAUGUAUUUGAGUGAAAUAUCUCCUAAGGAAAUACGUGGUUCAUUGGGUCAGGUCACAGCGAUUUUCAUCUGUAUUGGUGUUUUCACUGGUCAGGUUUUGGGGCUGCCAGAAAUAUUUGGGCAGGAAUCUCGGUGGCCUUACUUAUUUGGAGCCAUCAUUGUUCCUUCAUUGAUACAAGUCAUGAUUUUGCCUUUUCUUCCUGAAAGUCCUCGUUACCUCCUACUUGAAAAACAUAACACGAGCAAGGCAGAAAAAG